AUGCUUAAACAUCAACAAAUCCACACGGGACAAAAACCUUAUCAAUGUCUGGAGUGUGGGAAAUCUUUUAUUCGAAAAACAAGUCUCAAAAUCCACGGGAAAAUUCACAUGGAAAAAAAACCUUAUAAAUGCUUAGAGUGUGGAAAAUGUUUCACUCAACGUUCAUCUCUUUGCAAACAUACUAAAACACAUGAAGAGGAGGAAAGCAGAACGUGCCUAGAAUGUGGGAAAUCUUUUUCCAGCAAAUCCUCCCUGCAACGACAUCAGAAAGUCCACACUGGGAAAAGACCCCAUGAAUGCCGAAAAUGUGAGAAACGAUUUGAGACUUCUUCCACCCUAUUGAGACACCAAAAGACGCACAUUGGAGAAAAACUCUAUAAAUGUGAAGUUUGUGAGAAAUGUUUUUCUCUAAAGGGAAGUUUUUUUCGACAUCAGAUAAUCCACACAGGGGAGAAACCCUAUCAGUGCAUCGAGUGUGGAAAAUUUUUUCGUACGAUGUCAAGCCUCGGACAUCAUAAGAAAAUUCACAGAGGGGAAAAAAAAUACAAAUGUUUAGACUGUGGGAAAGCAUUUAUUCAUUCAGCUCAUCUUAGAAGUCACUGGCAAGUCCAUAUAGGAGAGAAGCCCCAUAAAUGCUCGGAGUGCGAUAAAUGUUUUUCUACGAAAAAUAGACUUUUGAUACAUCAGAGAACCCACAGUGGAGAGAAACCAUAUAAAUGUCCGGAGUGUGGGAAGUCUUUUCCUUGCCAAGAAUAUCUUAAAAAACACCAGACGAUUCACACAGAAAAGAAGCGUAUCAGGUCUAAAGAGAAAAAUGAAAUGUGCUCAGAAUGUGGGAGAUGUUUCUCCCAAAGGUCACACCUAAUUCGACAUGAGAGACUUCACACCGGAGACAGGCCCUAUCAAUGCCCAGAAUGUGACAAGCGAUUUGUGGAGUCUGCUGAACUCCGGAGACACCAGAGGGGGCACACAGGAGAGAAGCCCUAUAAAUGUGGGGAGUGUGCGAAAGGUUUUCUCACAGCAACACUACUUCGGGUUCAUGGGAGAAUCCACACUGGGGAGAAGCCGCUGCGGGCCAAUCAGCUGGAGCCCCACAGCAAUCCAGAGUGUCAGCAGAGCCCUGGCAACCCCGAAGCUCCACCCGACUUUCAUACAGUGUGGGAACUCAUUUCGUUGCUGUGGAGUUUUGCCAAACAUCUCCGGAGCCACCCCGGACUGAAGCCCUACAAAUGUGGAGAGUGUGGGAAGCAUUUUGCUAAAGGCUGGGAUAUCGGAGCUCCUUAG